CCGAUCUCUUCGCUCAUCCAUCGCACUGCACUGAAGAAGCACGCGAGAGGUAGCAAAUAAUUCAAUUCGCCGUGACGAGCGUCAACCGGAAGCAGUUGCAGGUUGUCAGGAAAAAAAAACAAUGGAGGGGAAGAAGCAGAUGCUCGCCACCUUGGUCGGCUGCAACUACGCCGGCACGCCCCACGAGCUGCGGGGCUGCAUCAACGACGUCGUCGCCAUGCGCGACACCCUCGUCGCCCGCUUCGGCUUCGCGCCCCGCGACAUCACCGUCCUCACCGACGACGACGGCGGCCGCGGCUCCUCGCCGUCCGCCGUGCUCCCGACCGGCGCCAACAUCAAGCGCGCGCUGGCCGAGAUGGUGUCCCGCGCGGCGCCCGGGGACGUGCUCUUCUUCCACUACAGCGGCCACGGCACGCUCGUCCCGCACCGCCGUGGCCACGGCCACGACGGGCGCCCGGACGAGGCCAUCGUGCCCUGCGACUUCAACCUCAUCACUGACGUGGAUUUCCGGCAGCUGGUGGACCGUGUGCCGCAAGGCGCGACGUUCACCAUGGUGUCCGACUCGUGCCACAGCGGCGGCCUAAUCGACCAGGAGAAGGAGCAGAUCGGCCCCUCCGCCGACCAACUCGCCGUCGACAGCUGUACACCACCAGCUGCUUCCGCCCGCGCCCGCUUUUUGCCGUACGCGACCGUCGUGGGCCACCUCUCCGGCGCCUCGGGCGUCAACGCGUCCCACCACGUCGCCGACCACCUCCUCGCGCUCUUCGGCGCCGACGCCAGCGCCAAGUUCCGCCACCACGACAACGCGCCGAGCCCCGACGGCGGGAUCCUUCUGAGCGGGUGCCAGACGGACGAGACCUCCGCGGACGUGCCGGGGGACGACGACGAGGAGGCGGCGGGGGUGGGUGGCAACAAGGCGUGCGGCGCGUUCAGCAGCGCGAUGCAGGCCGUGCUGGCGGCGCACCCGGCGCCGGUGAGCAACCGGGAGGUGGUGAGCCGGGCCAGGGAGAUGCUGCGUGAGAAGGGGUUCGAGCAGCACCCCUGCCUCUACUGCAGCGACGCCAACGCCGACGCGCCGUUCCUCUGCCAGCAGCAGGAGCCCGCGCUGUGAUUGUCGUCUGUGAUUUGUGCUGAUGACAUGCCAAUAUUACUUUCUGCUUAUAUGUAAUCUGUGACUUUUCAUACCGAAGAACAAAAUUCCUGCUUAUACUGACCACAUUCCACACCAUUUCGAUCA